AUGGUCUCCUGUCUGGUGCUGUACAGCUCAUCCAAACUGAUCGUAGAGACGGACACGUUCGGGAGCCGCGUCCGCAUCAAAGGGGCAGAGUCCGGGUUUUACAUCUGUAUGAACAAGAGGGGGAAACUCAUCGGGAAGCAGAGUGGUCGGAGUCGGGACUGUGUGUUCACGGAAAUUGUGCUGGAGAACAACUACACUGCCCUGCAGAACGCGCGCUACAAGGGCUGGUUCAUGGCCUUCACCAGGAAGGGGAGGCCGCGGAGGGGAUCCCGCACACGGCAGCACCAGCGAGAGGUGCACUUCAUGAAGCGGCUCCCGAGGGGCCAGGUGUCGGGGCCCGAGUCACACCGGCACUUUGAGUUCAUUAAUUCACCUUUCUCCAGUCGCUCCAAACGCACCCGUCACUCCCGCCCCCGGUAA